GUAGACAUGGCGGCCUCCAUGGCAGGAGGCUGUCGGUCGUCCCUGUACUUGGCCCUGGGCUUCCGAACGCCCAGGUCGCGGCUCGCCGCUCUUGUGCCUGACACCUGCCAUGUCCGCAAGGGUCCGAGCCGGUUUCAGAGCACCGGGACUUCCGACCCCGGUGGGUUCAAGCCGCCGCCGAAACCUGUCAUCGUGGACCGGCGCCGAGCCCCGGACGAACAGAGUCGGUUCCUGAGUCCUGAAUUUAUCCCUCCAAGGGGAAGAACAAACCCUCUGAAAUUUCAGCUAGAAAGGAAAGAUAUGUUAGACAGGAGGAAGGUGCUUCACAUUCCAGAGUUCUAUGUUGGAAGCAUACUUCGUGUCACCACAGCCGACCCUUAUGCCAGUGGAAAAACCAGCCAGUUCUUGGGGAUUUGCAUCCAGCGAUCAGGAAAUGGGCUUGGGGCCACUUUCACCCUCAGGAACACGAUUGAAGGACAAGGUGUGGAGAUUUGCUUUGAACUGUAUAACCCCCGCAUCCACGAGAUCCAGGUGGUGAAGCUGGAGAAGCGCCUGGAUGACAGCCUGCUGUACUUACGGGACGCCCUCCCCGAGUUCAGCACCUUUGAUGUGACUAUGAAGCCCGUCCCUCUCCAGUCCGGCCAGGAAGUGCCUGUUAACAAGCUGAAAGUGAAAAUGAAGCCAAAGCCGUGGUCCAAACGCUGGGAACGUCCAAAGUUCAACAUUAAAGGAAUCAGGUUUGACCUCGCUUUAACUGAAGAGCAAAUGAAAGAAGCCCAGAAGUGGAGCCAGCCAUGGCUUGAGUUUGAUAUGAUGAGAGAAUACGACACUUCAAAAAUCGAAGCUGCAUUGUGGGAGGAGAUAGAAGCAUCAAAUAAGUCUUGAUGUGGGACUGGUGAAUGGCUCAGCAGGUAAACAUCUCUGAGCGGGAUGGCCUGAGUUUGACUCUGGAACCUGGGGUGGAAGGACAGAACUGACUACUGAAAGUUGUCCUUUGCCUUUUAUAUCCUCCCCCUAGCAUUAGACCUGCGCUUACAAACAUAAAAAUAUUUUUCUUUGAA